AAUGAGAUUCUCAUUCGCCUUGGCAGUAUUAGUAGUUGCUGUUUAUGCGGCACCUCUUCCUCUUGUUGAAAAGAUCAAACGUACUCUAGACUUCCUCAAAAAAGCUAAAACAAUUGGAGAAUAUGCCAUUAAUACGCCAACGGGAAUCUUUCCUAUCAAGGACAUUAAUGAUGAUAACUUCCUUGAUAUUUUCAAAUUCCGUCCAGAAAUUGAAAAAUUGAGACAAGAAGAGCGAGAUAAUGCAGCUGCUGCUGCUAAAUCCACUGAUGCUGCUGUUAAUUCGGCUUCAGUUGAUACUGGAUACGGAGAUGGUGCUGUUGCUGAUGUUGCCGCUCCAGGCCCAGAGCCAACGCCAGCAACUGCACCAGAAGGAGCUGCUGAACCAGUUCCAACUGCCGUCGAAGGAUCGGGAUCGGUUGAAGGAUCUGGAAUUCCAGAUGAGGUUGCCACAACUGUAGCAGCUGACUCUGGUAGUGGAGAUGCUCCAGCUUCAGACAACUCAGUCACUGAAACUUUAACUGCAACAGAGCCAGCUAUUAUUCUUCCACCACCUGCAGAGCCAAAAAAAAUAAUUCCACCGGCCAGUGGAUACGUCACAUCGGAACAAGAACAGGGAGCAGGAGAUGCCCCAGAACCUGCACCAGUUGUAGAAGAGACUCCAGCUCCAACUCCAGCUGCCGAGGAGACUCCAGCUCCAGCUACAGAAGCCUCGAAUGCUGUAGGAACUCCGGAAGGAUAUGUUGAUGGUACUGCUAACGCUGCAUCAGCAGUAGCUGAGCCAGCUGUAGAGACCCCAGCCCCAGCUCCGGCCGCCGAAGAGACCCCAGCUCCAGCUACAUCCUCUGAAGAAGCUCCAGCACCAGCACCAACUGCCGAGGAGACACCUGCUCCAGAAACAGUUUCAGCGGCACCAGAGGCUGCUAACUCAUAUGAUUCUGCCGGAGGAGAUGCUGCAACAGCACCUGCCCCAUCCAGUGAAGCUGCUGAUGCUGCUGCUCCAACUGACUCUGCUGCUUCCGCUGACACUACUGCUGCACUAGUAGACACCUCUUCUUCAGAACAUGCAGCAGAAUCAACUGAAGCUCCUGCAACCGAUAUCGCAGCUACAGAAACAACCCCUGCUCCAUCUGUACCAGCACCAGUAGCAGACGCUGCCGCAGGAUAUGAUUCUCCAUCAAGUAUUCCAGAGGAAACCCCAGCACCAGCUGCCGAAGAUACACCAGCUCCAGCUUCAGCCGCCGCCGAGGAGACACCGGCUCCAGCUCCAGCUGCCGAAGAAACGCCUGCCCCAGAAACUGCUUCAGCUGCCCCAGAUGCUGCUGGCGGAGCAGCACCAGCUGACGUCGCGGCACCUGCCGAUGUAGCCACUACCGCACCAGAAACAUCAUCCGCUCAAUCAGCAGCUGGAUCUUAUGAUGUUCCUUCUGAGCCAGCAAGUGAAGUCACCGCUCCAAUUGUUGAAUCAGCCACCGAGGCUCCUUCGGAUUCUGCUGCUCCAAUUGGACCUGCUGCUUCUGAACCUGCACCUGCACCAAUUGAAGCCCCAGCAACUGAUGCCGCAACUUUGGAAACCGCCCCUGCUCCAGCUGCCGAACCAGCACCAGCAGCUGAAGCUGCCGCAGGAUAUGAUGCACCAUCGAGCGUACCAGAGGAGACACCAGCCCCAGCUCCAGCCGCCGACGAGACACCAGCUCCAGCUCCUGCUGCAGAAGAGACCCCAGCUCCAGCUCCAGCUGCCGAGGAGACACCAGCUCCAGCUCCAGCCGCCGAAGAAACACCAGCUACAGCUCCAGCUGCUGAAGAGACCCCAGCUCCAGCUCCAGCCGCCGACGAGACACCAGCCCCAGCUCCAGCUGCAGAAGAGACCCCAGCUCCAGCUCCAGCUGUCGAAGAGACCCCAGCUCCAGCUCCAGCCGUCGAGGAGACACCAGCUCCAGCUCCAGCCGCCGAAGAAACUCCUGCCCCCGCUCCAGCCGCUGCAGAAUAUGCAGCUCCAGUCGCCGAAGAGACACCAGCACCAGCUCCAGCCGCCGAAGAGACACCAGCACCAGCUCAAGCCGCUGAAGAGACACCAGCACCAGCUCCAGCCGCUGAAGAGACACCAGCGUCAGCUCCAGCCGCUGAAGAGACACCAGCACCAGCUCCAGCCGCCGAAGAGGCCCCAGCUCCAGCUCCGGCCGCUCCAGAAACUCCAGCACCAGCAGCCGAAGGUGCUGCUGCUCCAGCGCCAAUUGUUUCGAGUGGAUAUGAUGCCGCCCAAAGCACCGAUACCGUUGUCGCCUCAUCUGCUCCAGCCACAUCUUCUGAUGCAUCAGGAGCUACGAACUACGAAGGGCAACAAUUUGCCAUUCAAGCCGCUCGAAAGAAAGUCCGACGUGCUGCCUUCGUUGGCUGGGGUCGUGCGUGAGCAAGUUAGCCGUUCAAUAUCGCCGAAUCUCUUCAAUUUCACCCCAUCUCAUCACAUCAUUCUUUCCAUUCCCAAGCUCACCAUUUGUUGUACAUUCGUUGUUCAAAUAAACUUAUUU